AUGACAAGCACUGCAGUUGUUGCUGGUGCUGUUUUGGGUCCUAUUGCAAUUAGUGGAGUCGUAGCAGCAUUAGGAAUUGGUGAAGCUGGUUUUGUUGCUGGAUCUAUUGCAGCAUCGAUGUCAUUACCUAUUGGAGCUGCUGCGUAUGCUGCUGAAUCGAAUCCUGAAGGAUUAAAAGAAUUGGAAAAUUAUGUUUCCAUUAAAAAUGAAGAUAAAGAUAGUAAAGAUGGCUGUUUGCAUGUAAAAGUGAUUUUUGAAAUGAAGCAUCAGCUUCUUGAUAGUAAUAUGAAUGAUAAAUUAAAAUCAUUUCUUCGAGGGUUUGAAUUAGCUCGGCAAGUACUCAAAGACACCAUCAAGAAUUUCGAAUUCUUGGUAAAUAUAGAUGAUGAAAAAUGUCUUGAAGGUUCCAAUUUUUUGCAUAAACUUUUGAUGGUUACCUACGGAAAUGAACACGUCACUUUGGAACAGAAAACUUACUUUCUAAAAAAGGAUUAUAUUUUUUUUUCAAGGGGAAUUGUUGAUAUCAUCCUCCUUCUUUAA